AUGAAAAGAGCCCUAGAGGCAAGAUCGAGGUCAUCUCGAAGUGAGCGCCGUUCGAAUCUCGGGGCCACGGGCAGUCCUGUGAAGCUUACGGAUGCGGCGAGUGGUUCAGCCGGGUCCUCUGUGCCGAUGUCCGCAUGGAGCGUGCCGUCAUCGCCCCUGGUCAGUGACGCGCCGACGGGAGCGGUAGCGACUGCUGUCCGCACUGCUUUCGGCUUGAUCGAGCAGUAUCCCACACGACUACCUCAAUCACAGGCAAGUCCAUCGCUCUUGUCACCUGCAGGCCAGACGAGAAGUCCGUAUGCGUUUGCUGGAAGUCCAAACAUGAGCAACUUGCUGGAUCUGAACUUUGCUGCGCCAGAUCACGAGCGCAACAAGGGCGUCAACUCAGGAAUGGCUGUAUCGAGCGCUGCUCGUCCCAACCAUCACCUCUCCUCCACCGCACGUGGAACCAAGCAGCGUCACGCUUUCGACACCGCUGACAGCCCGAGGCUGCCACCUCUAGCAGUCUUUGGCUCGCCAAGGCGUACAUCUGUCCUUGCUUCGCCUCAGCUCGGCUCGCAGCCGGUCAAUGAGGGCAAAGCUUCGUCAUCUCGUCCGAGCUCUGCAAGAUUGUCUCCUAUGCUAGGUCGUCAUGGCUCGGCUUUGCGCUCGCAGUCAACGUUGUCUAGAGGAGCUCAGCAUGAGUCCACAAGCGGCCACCUGCAAGCAAGAAGCACACAAGGGGCAGAAAAUGCGCGACCAUGCGUCUCGGCUGCCUUUGUAGGACUUGGCAUAGGCAUUGGCCGCGCGUUCGGCUCCCAAUCUGACCUCGGCCUUGCCAAAUGCCAAGCUACCGACAUUUACGAGACCGCACCGCCGAAACGCGGCUUCAUGGUGCCAGCCGACGAUCAGGAAGACCUCUCACAGCUUGCAUCAGCAUCGAUCAGUACUUUCACAGAAUCCGGCGUUGCUGACGCCAAGCACGAUCCUACUCCCUCUGUGAAUGCCUCAACGGCGCACCCAACCCACGAAACCCAAGUAGAGGCACAGCAAGGUCUGGACAACGAAACAAUCGAGCUGGGCCUUCUUUGGCAACCUCUGCCAAGCGUGGACUCUUUGCGAGGAGCCAAGUCUUUUCGGCUGACGGGUGAGCCUUCAACAGACGGCUUUGCGCAAGAAAUUCCUUCGGACAACAAGCGCGAUGCGGUCUACGACCUUGCGGAUGAAGACUCUGACCUCGCUGCUAUCAGCGCUAGCAGUAGCGAGAGAAGCUUUACAACGCUUGCGGAUGGAGCUUUGGUCUCGAACCGGGUCCUUGCCGCAUUAGAGGCGGCUGGCAUGUCCCCCUGCGUCGAGAAAGCGAAUUCGCUCGACCUAACCACCGUAGCCCAGGAAAACUCUGUAGAUGCGGGCGAUGCCUCGGGCAUAGUCAUCUUCGCUGGCAACAGAGUGCCAGCAAGGCUCAGUGAUGCUCAGGUCAGCCGUCACAGCGCAAGCACGACAUUCUCAACGGCUCCUGGUGAUAUCUCUGUUAAUUCGGCUUAUGGAGCAGCCAUGAAGAGUGUGCACGCCAGACUUCUACGUGCCAGUGCAGUAACCCGACGAAGAGCAAAUACUGUCGUGCUGCCCAUGACCAGUACGGACCCCGGUAACGUGCGUACUGGUCGAGCAAGGGCUCACUCGCAGCCAAAACGACGCUUGGCAACCAUCGACGAUCCCGAUUUCAGUAUGCACACGCGGGCCUCUGACGCUUCGCUGCGCCUCGGUCGUUUUAAUCACCGCACACCGCCUGCUUCCGUCCAGAAAAGUGCAGUAGCGCUAAUUCAAGAAACGCCGCAGUCGAUGUAUUCGAUGGCCAGCUACGUGUCUGUCAUGAAUGGGCAGAGAUUGUGGACCGCAUCACCAGAAGCUUUGCAGACGCCAGACCCGCUGCGGGCAAGGACAUCGUCUUCGUCCUCAAGGGAAGCAGCUAUCACCUCUCCUGCGGCUUUCCAGGGCACUCCGGUCGACCUUGCAGAGUGCUCUACGCCACUUGCAUCCAAGAUUGAGCCACACUUGACGAAGAACACAAACCUGCCCAACUCUUCGCAGCUCAGAUCGUCGUCAUCACAAGCCGAAGAUGCUUUAUUGGCCUUCUUCGCGUCCGACAGUCAAGCUCAUCCGGCUCCGGCUAGUCCCCUCUCCGAUUCUGCAUCCACGCCGGUUGCGACGCCAACAUCUGACUUCCAGCAUCGGACGCUUUCGAUCGUGAGCGUGGCGUCUGACAUCGCACCCAAAGCCAUUCUUGUCGACACAGGUGCGGGACCCGUGCGUGCACCUAUUCAUGGCGCCAAUUGGGACUUUCACCGACCUCAUCGCGUUGUGGCAGCCCCAGAGCGCCACGCCUUGCCCUCCGGCCCAGCGCGCGCUGUCUCCGUCAGUCCAACCUCCUCGCCAACUGCCAGAAUCUGGGAGCGAAGAAGCCUGUCGACACCUCCACGUACAGUCCGGCCACGCACGCUAAGCGGUCCAGAAGCAGCAGAAGUGCUUCGUGAUGCCAUCACCCUGCUACAGAGCCGAGAGCGUCCUUUGCCUCCUUCCAACUCGAAUCACACUGCGGUCAACAGUAUCAGUCUGAGUACUUCGGAUUCUGGACAGAGUCUUGAAGUCAAGGCGCAGCUGCUCUUUCAGGAUGUCGCAUCAGCCACUGGCAAAAGCUGCUCGACUGGACCCUCAAUUCGCUCUUGGAGCGAUGAGGAAGACGAGCUUUCUCGCAUGAGUGCUGGUCCGGGGCCGUCUCCUCUGGCAGCACACCGCUUGCUAGCUGUGCAAAGAAAGCUGACGCAACACCCGCGCAAGACAACACGCUCCCGAUCAGGAUCAUCGCCCACCCCUGUGCGAACCUCCGCUCCUUCAACGGAGGUGAAAGGGAAGACUUACUCCAAUUUGCGGCAACGAGCUUCCACAGAAGGCCGCUCUGGUCGUUCAAAGCACCGCGAAGCCCAACAAAGCCGUUCUGCACCCAGCGCCAUUUCUCGCACUGCACUGACUACGAAUGGCCAGGAGACAGCCGCACCUUUUGAUGAUCGGCCUCCACCAGAUCACGUCACAGCCGCAUCUCUUGCUGGCUACCUGAAAGAAGUAUCAAGCUGCCCAGGCUCACCUCAGCACACGACUGCAAGGAGUGCACUCCGACGUCUUCAUCUGCAGCCGUCGAGGAUCCCGAGGCCCAUACCCAGAGAACGUCUUGUGACUCAAGCAGCACCGCCGCCAUCCAAUCGCUACGUACACGCUAGGAACACUUCUGUUCCCGAUCUCCACGCCCUUGUCCAUGUUUCGGAAAAUGUUGCAGGCAUCGGGGCGCGACGUGAUCCUAGCAGAGGUCAAGGAUCUGCUGUAAGGGUCGAUUUCCAGAAUUUACAAAGCCGGAAACGCCGCGCAACCGCGGAGGCUGGCACGCAUUGCAAAGCGCUCAAGUCAUCCUCAAUCGGACCGGUCUCAGUGCGGCGAGGUUUGGUCCCGCUUCAGCUGGUGACCGACAAUCUCAGCCCGAACACUGGUCGUAGCCGAGCGCGCGAGAGCGACUAUGCUAGCCCAACGAUGCAGGUGAGAAGAACGCUCAGGCUACUGCGUUCUUCUCUAGCGCUGACAUCCUCAUUUGUGCCCAGGUCUUCCGUUUCUACGAUUCACGUCGCAGCAUCAUUGAACAGCACUGA